CCCCAAGCAGUCGGCACCGAACUGUGUUCCAGCAAUGGGACUUGCGGACACAACAGUAAAAUACCAGAUUCGAAAUAUGACUUUCUGGAAUGAGUAGCUGACAAAAGAAGAGGAACGUGAGUGUGGAAAAUAAAUUGCGAUUGAUUCAAGGAUGUUUCUCCCAGAUGCGCGUUGCUCACGUUUGGACGCGAUUUUACUUAGAGUGAUGGGUCUGGUUUGGCUGAGCAGUUUUGCUAAGACUUCUUCAGACUUUUCCGGGUAUAUGUCAAAGGUUCUGAGGAAUUAUACGGAGCAUGCAUGUGAUGGAGAGUAUAUUUCUCUGCGGUGCCCACAUAGAACAACCAUCAGUAUCCAGUCUUCAUUUUAUGGCAGAAAAGCACCUAGUCACCAGAUGUGCCCAUCUCGCUACCCUCAAACUUUCAAAGACCUUGAAGUGGAAGAUUUGUCCUGUUCAGCUAUUACAUCCCUGCAGAAAAUGUUGGAUGAAUGUCAGGACAGAAGAAAUUGUCAACUUCUUGUCAAUAGUCGAAUAUUUGGGACAGAUCCUUGCCCUGGAACUAGCAAAUACCUCAUUGUAUGGUAUAAGUGUCGGCCAAAUGAAUACAAGAGCAAAGUGGCUUGUGAAGAUGACAAGUUACGACUGAACUGUAAACGAAGUAUGGUAAUAGCCAUCUAUUCUGCCAUCUUUGGCCAGUCACAAGAGGGAAGCUUAGAAUGUCCAUUUCAGAAUGUUGGAGCUCCAGCAAUAGACUGCCAGUCAACCUUAGCUUUACAGAUUAUGACUAAAAGAUGCCAUGGGAAGAGAAGCUGCAAUGUAUAUGCAAGUUCCUAUGAGUUUGGUGAUCCCUGUUAUCCAGGCAUCCGCAAAUUCCUCAAUGUCAUCUACACAUGUGUUCCUAAGAAACUGUUGGGUGAAACCAACUCCAAGCCAACUCAUUACAAAGGAAUUCACCACCCCAAUUUUCCACCACACCCUAAACCGUACGAUCCUAACAUUAUAGGUGAUGGUGUCUUCCCCCAUGAUGUGCUACCCUUUAUAACAGAAGUGUCUUUACCAGAAGAAAAGAAGAAAGAAAGAUCCGCUUCUGAUUACCCAAUAGAUGCCAAACCAUUACCAGCCCCAGUGGAUAAGAUUGACAAGCAACUGGUUGAAACAAGGGGCAUUCGGACUGAGAUGGCAUUAUUAAGCAACCUUUUGGAAACCUAUACUUAUGUCAUAGACAAUCCUGAGAAAACUGCUUUGUAUUUUGUGUCUGGUGUGUGUAUUGGACUGAUUUUAACACUGUGCGCUCUGGUCGUGCGGAUAUCCUGCCGGACAGAUUUUAAAAAGUCAGGGGUAAAAAAUGCAGUUGAUGGGGAUAGUAACGAUGACGAUGACAGUGAUGAUGAUAACUCUGAUACUACCUCUGAUCUAUCUGCAAGGCGGCAUCGCCGUUUUGAGAGAACUUUAAAUAUGAAUGUUUUUACCUCGGCUGAAGAAUUGGAACGGGCGCAGAGAUUGGAAGAGAGAGAACGGAUAAUUCGGGAGAUUUGGAUGAAUGGCCAGCCAGAUAUUCCUGCCACAAGAAGUUUGAAUCGCUAUUACUAAUAUGUUAUCUGGAUCCAAAGUGAUGAUAUGGUAAUGAAAUGAAAGACAUGAUGGUGCUUUUGGCAUCCAAUGGUUAUAUGUGACUGGAGCUAUAGUUAUCCUCAGCUCUGGGUGCACUUGCAGGUAAUAAUGGAAUAAAGAACUUUAAUUUCACUAAGCAUUUGAAAGAACUUCAAGUAUUAAAAUCAAUUUGUUCUCCUUAAUAUCUGAAGAAUGAAUUGUUACCAUAUCCACUGAAUAAUCUCAUCCUUAAUUCAUUAAGGAAUUUACCUUUUAUUUAACAAAUUUGUAGAUCUAUUCUCCAGUGGCAAAACUGAACUGGUGCCUCAGGGAUAAAAUCCUGCUAUUUUAUUUGUUAAAGUUUAAUUGAGAGUUUUCAUAUUUUUCAGGAUGCAUCACUGAUUACACACAAUAUUUGGGAGAAAGGAAAAGUCUCAAAGAAGUUAAUUAGUAAUUUUAAGAGAAAAAUUCAUGCAAGUGCCUUUGCCUUUCCAACUUGUUUAAUGUGGUAAUUGGAAAGUCCUGCAGCCAACAUUUUAUUAUAUUGAAAACAUUAUAAAUUACAAAAUCAGGAUGCAUGAAUGUAAUGUACCGAAGCUUGUUUGACCAAAACCAAAACCAUUAUCUUUUCUUGGAUAAUUUACAAUGUGAAACAAAUGUCACUCUAAUUCUGAAUGUUGUCAUUCUUCUUGGAUCUCAGCAUUGAGAUAGUCGGGACCUUUGACAAGAUGCUGAAAAAUAAUCAAAUCAGUUUGCCCAGUUUUCUUAGCAUUUGUUUGAGUUUCUUUUUAGUCCCAUGUUAUCCAUGUGGUAAUAUAAAGAAAUACUGCAUAUGUUAGAUGUCUUAUAAAAAAGCAGAAAUGUUCAAGAAAUCAAACUGUUUUUCCUACUUGCUUUGUAUUUCUGGUAUUUUCUAUUAGUGGUAUGAGUCACACUGAUACUUCAGUUUACUUAAUGAAGUUUUGUAAGGCAAUUUAUGCUCAGUUUUUUUGACAUGCAGGCGAACUGAGCAUAUAGUCAUGCAGUUUGAUUUUAUUUGUUACUGCUAUAGAACUUGGCUCCAAUUUUUUUUAAGAAAUGAGAAAAUCUAUUUCAUCUAAUUGUGACUAGAAUCUCUCUUUGACAUUCCACUAAAGAUUUUUAUAUGUUCAGAAACUCAAACCACAAAACCAUGACAAAAUACUUGAUAUUUUACUAUGUAAAAAAAGUUGUAAUUUUAAAACACAAAAGAACACUAUUAAAGCUAUAAAAAUACAAAUUGUUCUCCAACUUAUGUGCAUCUGUAUGUUUUUGUAAUAAAUUGGCUGUUGAAACACUU